AUGUCCCUCCUUCAACCUGCGAAGCGUCUCCGCCUUUCCGCCCUCCCAUCUCCCGCUGCCCAUUGUCGCCGAAGUGUCUCCGCUGUCUCCGCUGCCUCCGCUGCCUCCACGAAUCCCUCUCCCCCAAAGCAACGAAGAUGGCUCCGGGUUACAAUAGUCACAGUCGCUGCCGCUGCCAUUGGCGCCUACGUUCGAUAUGAAAAAGAAUCGUCCACCGCAACCCUGAACCCAUACACCUUCACACAAUAUGAGCUAGUCUCUAAAACGCCUGUCUCCUCAACCAGCAGCAUAUUCACCCUGCGCCCAGUGAAGCCAGGGAAUAAUGAUGUGGUGUACAAAGAUGCUUGGCAGAGGGGUCUAUGGAGUGUCCAGUUCAAACAGCCACAGCUACAGAUUGGACGGGAUUACACGCCUCUGCCUCCUAUUCCUGCGGCGAGGGUAGAGGGGGCGGGUGGGGAGAAGGAAGGUGGUGGUGGAGGAGGGGGAGGAGGAGGAGGAGGAGAGACAGAUGACGGCGUCUUGCGGUUUCUGAUCCGGAAAGAUCCCUACGGAGAAGUAUCUGGAUACCUGCACAAUCUGCCGAUAGGUGCACGGCUGGAUAUUCGUGGCCCACGGUUGGAUUACAUAUUGCCCGCUGAUGUGGAGGAGAUCCUGUUUAUUGCUGGCGGGACGGGGAUUGCGCCGGGUCUUCAGGCUGCACAUGCCCUGUUUAGAAAUAAUAACAAACGACCGGACUUGAAGAAGACAAAAAUGCAUAUAUUGUGGGCUAAUCGGCGGAGGGAGGAUUGUCUGGGAGGCGUAAAUGACAGUCCUGCCGGGCCAAGCGCCGGUUCACUGCCAUGGUGGAAACGGGUUUUCAGCACAAACAAAGAUUUGUCUGUAACGGAGCACACCCCGCAGACCGCAAUUGCGAGGAGCCCUACGGUCAGAUACCUUGAGGAGUUGAAAGCUCAGUAUCCAGGCCUGCUUACUGUUGAUUACUUUGUGGAUGAGGAAGGGACUUUGAUUGGAAGCAAUUCAAUAUUGAAUUUUACGAAGCCGGAAGCGGCAAAUGAGAUACAGAAGAGGAGUGCCGGUGCUGCGAGGAAAUUGAUUCUUAUAUCUGGGCCUGACGGGUUUAUCAGUUACCUGGCAGGGCCUAAGAUGUGGAGUGGAGGACAAGAAAUCCAGGGUCCGCUCCAGGGUCUUAUACGCCGGCUGGACUUGAAGGAUUGGUCGGUCUGGAAGCUUUGA